AAUGACAACCUUUGACCUGAAGAAACGUGCUAAAACAGUAGUGCAGAACUUUAUGGCGAAUUUUGGUGAUUUUUCGUCUAUUUCUGCAAAUUACUUGGGGAUUGAGGCAGGAGAAUAUGUGGAGAGGAUAUGUAGGAUACUCGCCGAGCAAGAAUGGAUCUACAACUUUCAACUGACUCGGUUUUUCCUCGAGAGAGUCUGGGAGAAAGUUCCGGAAGAGUGGAGACAACCCCUCCUAUCCCUCUCCACCCGUAACUUAAACCUCCUCCCCAGUGGACACCUCAAAGAUGAUUGGCCGAAAUCUCUGAAGGCUUUUGUGGAGACUGCUGCAUCCCUGUCGUUACCAUGGCAACAGCCACCUGACCUAGUUGCCAUGGAGAUCAACAAGGAUCUGGCAAGGGGGAUGACACCCAAGAAGAAACAUGAGGUUUCUUACCUUGCUUCUGUAGUCAGAGACACAUGCGGGAAAACAUCAUGUAGCAGUGUCAUAGACGUAGGCUCAGGACUGGGUUACCUGGGACAGGUGUUACACCACCAGUGUGGGCUCCAGGUGGUUGGAGUGGAGGCUCAGGCAAGCCAUGUGCAUGGGGCGCAGAGACGGGUCAAAUCUCAAGGAGAAGACAAGGAAACACAAAUCCAAACCAUGAACCUGAAACUUGAUGACAACCCAAGUAGCAUCCGUGAACUUGAACUCCUCAUCAGUUCCCUACAACAGUCACCUUCAGAAGGUCAAAGUCAAAGUCAAAAUGGUGACAUUCAUGAGAGGGACAAUGGCACAUGUAUGGUUGGACUCCACUGUUGUGGGGACCUGUGUCCCAUAAUGUUAAAGAUGUUCACAUCUGUGGAGAGACUGCGAUGUUUGGUGUGUGUCAGCUGCUGUUACCAUGGGAUGAGUGUUACAGACACUGACAGUAGACCAUCCUGCUUCAAGAAUUUCCCACUGAGCUGUACAGUACAGGAGAAGUUAAAGGAAGUUGGUCGAGACUUUCCUGACUGGCAGCUGAAUGUGUUUGCUUUGAGACUAGCGGCACAAGAAACACGGGCCAGAUGGGCGUGUCAAAGCUAUGAGGACCACCAGUUCCACACCAGGAGUGUGGCCUACAGGGCAAUUCUUGAACAUGUAGUGAGCACAGCUGGCAAAGGAAUUCAGAAACUGAAAAGGAAAGUGACAAGGAAGGAUGCUUUUCAGUCCUUCCCAGUGUACCUUGCAGCAGUGUUUGGAAGACUGACACUUCAUUCAGAUGAAGUAGUUCAGACUGAAGAAGACUGGAAGAAAUACCAUGAUGCUUUGCAGCAGUCACAUGACCAAUGGGAGGAAUACUUUCCCUACAUAGAAGUCAUCACGGCCUUACAAGUCCUUCUACAGCCAGUUCUGGAGACCCUGGUGACAGUGGACAGGUGUUUAUAUCUACAUGAGCAGGGGCUGAAGACUGAAGUUGUUCCCAUAUUCGACGACAGUAUCUCACCACGAAACUUAGUAAUUAUCGCAGAAAGAUGACAGGAAGGAGUAUCGGGUCAAAGAAUACAGAUUGGAG